GAGGUUGUGUGGGAAAUAUGCAAAUGUUCCUCGAGGUCCCCUCUUCAUGGCAGACAAACGAAGACAAUUUCAAGAUAUUAAAUAAACACUUUAGUCUACUUGAUAAAUAAUCCAAACAGAGACGAAAUCCUCGGGAUAUAUAUAUAUUUUUUUACCGUAUUUUAAAUAUUUAUUGAAGUGACUGAACAUCCGUUGCUUGAACGAGGUAUGUUUCUGUCAGGAAGUUAUCAGAAGCCGGUAGUGCUCGGCUAAGCUAGCUUGCUAACAAAUUCGCCGGUGCGGGCGGACCUCUUUGUCUGACAGGGGAAGGGUACGCGUGCUCUUUUGUUUGGCAGUUUUCUUUGUCAAAUCGGGGAAAGGGAACUGUCGCGACAGUGUUUCUCCUUAGUGGCUAUUCACGUUAUUUAAAAAUGCAAAACGUGAAGAAAUACUUCACUGAGGGCCUGAUCCAGUUUACGAUCUUACUCAGUUUAAUCGGAGUUCGCGUGGACGUCGAUAGCUACUUAAGCGGUUACUUCUCCCCUCUGUUAGAGAUUAACGUCGGACCAAGCUCAGCUUACAUCCAGACACCCUUUCACAAUUUGAGGGACACCUGGGACGGAUACAGCGUGCACCCCAAAUGUCUCGAGUUGGACUAUUUCUUUGCCAGUCGCAGGCUGCUUGACGAGGUGCGAGCUCUUGGCUCACCUCGGUUCCCUACGCAGCUGAAUGCAUGGCUCGUACACCAAGUGCCUGACAGUUCGGAGUUCCAAGAGCCAUCAAACAACACAAGUAAUGGCGCUGACAUAAACUCAGGUUUGACUCUGGAGAGUGCGUUGGACAAUGCAAACCACAGUGAUCUUCUGCCCGAAGACGAGAGCUGUUUGGACCGACGAGAGGAGUGCCACACUGAAAUCCAGGAACAGUGUGUGUCUGGGCCUUACAUUGUCACUGGAGCCUGCGAGGACAAGACUGAUGGAAAGGAUGACGGAAGUGAUGAAGAAGCAGAAGAGCCUGCACCUGUGACACAGCUCGUUCUCAGUUCUACUCUAGAAGAGCAUUUGCUUGAUGAUCCCCAGCCACCCUCAUCGCUGUCUGGUUCUGAAGAUGCCCCUCCUACCACUCUUGACUGGAGCCACUUUCUCUCUACCGAUUUUGAUGAUUUGGAUCCUUUGGUUCCUCAGCGUCUCUCAGACCUAGACUCUGAUAUCUCCAGCGCCAUCAGCCAGAAUGUCAGUCUGCGUGAUGCCAUGGUGAGAGGUGCUGGACCUUAUGAUGUUGUCCCUCACAGGGAUGAAAGUGGAUCGGUUACCCAGCAAAGGGGACCUUACUUCCGACUGGAGUCUACGAACUCCUCUCACUCGGACUCAUCACCAGGCGUAACAGCAGGGCUAGCCACUCUGCCUUUCUCUUCAGUGUGCAACGCAACACGGAAUGUUACGUCCGACAGUGCACUAGGAGGCUGCCUGGAUGAGGCAGUGUUUGAUCAAAUUAACCUGCUGGGGCUGGAGGGGCUGGAUUCCAUUGACCCCCAGCUGCUGGGAAGCCUGGAGGGAAUAGACCCUCGAGUCCUAGAAGACCUGGACUCGGACUCUGGCCUUUCAUUGGAGAACAGCUCUAGAGGCCCCACGUCCCCCGGUACGUCAGAGGUGUCAUCCUCUUCCAGUUCGUUCUGCGAGGAUGAGGGCGGAGCCACAGGCUACAGCAGCGAAGCCGACUCCCUCCCUUCCAAGGGCAUUGCCGACUAUGACACAUGGUCACAGGUCGAUCUGAGCGACAACGUUUGGCACGACCACAGCUACUCCUCCCCUCCUUAUUUCCAGUCGUCGGCGCCUACGUUCUCCCAUAAAGCCAUCAAAGAGGAGCCUCUAAGCGAAGAAGAGUAUGACAGGGAUGACGAGCGAGAGCUGAGCCGUGAUGAGCUUCGAGCCAGGGCCAUGUGCAUCCCCUUCUCUGCGCCACAGAUCGUCAGUAUGCCCGUGGAGGAGUUCCUGGAGCUUCUGGAGGGGCAAGCGCUCUCGUCUGCACAGAUCACCCUCCUCAGGGACAUUCGCAGACGUGGAAAGAACAAGCUGGCCGCCCAGAACUGCCGUAAACGUAAGCUAGAUGCCAUCACUGGGCUCCAGGAGGAGGUGGAGAGGUUGCAGGCCCAGAGAGACACCCUGCUCAGGGAGAAGCAACACACAGCCAAGGCUCUAGGGGCUACGGGCCAGCGCAUUGAGCAGCUCUCUAGGGAUGUCCUGGCCAGGUUGAGGGAUGACCUGGGACAACCCCUGACCCCUGACAGAUACACCCUGCAGUGUGGAGCCAGCGGAAGGCUAGUGGUACAGCCAAUAAGAAGACCUGUUGUAACUACAACAACGUCAAGUAAAAGCGAUAAAAGGAAGAAGGAAAAGAAGCCUUGAUGCAGAAUUUGCUUUUGUGACUUUACAGUUCGUUUCUGUUCUUUUGGAACUAACUGGCUUCAUUCUGCUGAUGAAAUGUUGUCAGCUCCUCUGCUUAUCUGGACUCGCCUAUUUUGGGAGCCUAAUCAAAGGUAGAAACGCAAAAAAAAAAAUCCCCCAAAAAACUUGUAUGUCAACCCAUCUGUAAAUAAAGAA